AUGGCAUUCGACGAUAAGUGCGCCAGUAUCGGCUCAGAUAUCACCACUAUCUGCGUUUUUAUCGGCUUCCAGUUUGGAAUCAUCCUACUCCACGUCCUUGCUUUUUGGAGCGGGCGGUUCAAGCCAUUAAAAGCUUCAGCCGACCUAGAACAUGGAGUCGGCUUGAAUAAAACAUCUAAUAUAAGGCGGUUACAAACGAUUGUCAUUCAAAAUGAAUCCGUCACUGCUUUACGUGACGCUAUCCACGCUGCCUUCGCGAAAUCCAAAGUGACUACGACCCCAGCGGAAACUUCAAAUGUGAGAGUAGCCAUUUGGGACCGGGAUGGGGUCUCAUCAGAAGCUUGGUUGGUUUUGAUGCCGUUUCAUGAGAUUGCUGGCGCUUGUCCGAAUAAAGAUGGGUCGAUUGAGGUUUAUUUGAACCACACGGGCGGUUGGAAUAAUGUGGCUACUCUUGCUCUCCCACGACCAACAGACUAG